UGUGGCCCAGAGCAAGGGAGGACAGCUGUGGUAUUUUUACCAUGACGUGUAAAACUGAGUGCAGAUGAUCUCAGGUCAGAGAUUAAAUAGGACAUAAUAGAAUCUGGUCAAAUAUUUCAAACAGUCACUAGUAUCCCAUAUUGCCACAGCUGCGGCCCAGCUCUGUGAUCAAGCCAUUCAGUCCCUCCCUCUCAAAUACCCUGCAGAGCUGUGAAAAAUUUCAAAGUUAGUGGUUUAUAACAGUACUCACAGCUUGGGCGGCUUCUGUAAAUGUUUAAUUUCCUCUCUCACUCUCUCCUUUCCUGAGGGGUGGCGGAGAGCUUAACAAAUAGACUGCUGUGGUUUGCCCUCCAGAGGAGAACGUUGAACAGGUGAAGCUGAACACUGCUCUCAUUAGUUACAGAUGCAGUCACCUGCCACUCACCAGAGACUGAUGCUAGAAUACUGAAAGUUUCCACAGCUAUUUCUGCCCGCACUCCAGAGACACUUGAGGAACAGCUCAGACUCUGUGACUGGAUGUUAGCUCAGUGGAAUUUACUUUACUGCUGGGGACCAUGCACAUAAGAGGAGGAAUCCAGAUACAUCUUCAGCCUGGGGGACUGUAGUUUUGUUCCAAAAGUGCUUCUUUUUCAUAUGUUUGCACAUCUGUCCGAGUGAACCAAUCAUGGCAAGCAUGGCGGUCCAGCUCCUUGGCUUCUUCUUAGGGCUGUUGGGGUUUGCGGGAACUGUAGUUGCAACCCUGCUCCCCCAUUGGCGCAGCACAGCCUAUACAGGCUCUAACAUCAUCACAGCCACUGCCUACAUGAAAGGCCUGUGGAUGGAGUGUGUAUGGCACAGCACGGGCAUUUACCAGUGCGAGAUGUAUAGAUCUCUACUGGCGCUGCCACGUGACCUGCAGGCAGCCAGGGCGCUCAUGGUGCUCUCCUGCAUCACCUCAAUCCUGGCAUCUCUGGUGUCUGUGAUGGGGAUGAAGUGUACCCGCUUUGCCCGUGGCUCGUUGAUCAAGUCUCCGUUGGCGAUGAGCGGGGGGAUUUGUUUUCUGUGCGCGGGCCUACUCUGCCUGGUCACCGUGUCCUGGACCACCAACGAUGUCAUAAUGGAUUUCUACGACCCCUUCCUUCCCAGUGGGUUAAAAUAUGAGAUCGGCCUGUCCGUGUACCUUGGUUACGCCUCGGCCUGCCUCAGUCUGAGCGGAGGACUGGUGCUGUGCUGGAGCAGCAGAGGUGACAGGUCACGGAGUCCCCCCCAUAUGCAGAGACAUCAACCAUCGUCACCUCCCCCUGCCUUCAACCACAUAUACCCCCCUGCUCCACUCUACAAGCCCCCUGAGGCCCUGAAGGACAAUCAUGCUCCCUCACUUUGCUCCCUUUCCAGCAGUGGCUACAGGCUCAAUAACUACGUCUAAAACUGGGGAAGAUACUAACAUACACAACUGUGAGGCCACAAGGUCCGUACACAAAUGAAAAAGAAAAUGCAUGGAUCAAAACAGUCAAGUGAACGCUUCUCCAACUUAUUUUUAAUAUCUUCACAAAUUUUUGCCUCCUCCAUAUCCAUAAAAUAACAUAGAGAAGGGAAAAGGAAUGACUGUUUCCUCAUAUUCCCAUAUUUGACCAAAUAUCAGUUGCCACAUUUGAAAGGAUAUCACAACCUGACAAACUUACAGGCUUUCCUCAAACUUCAGUUUGACCAGAUCUGCAAAACUGGGAACGGUGUGUAUAAGAGAACUGAGAGCUAAGACCUGUUGGCUUGCUGCUAGGUACCCAAAGGACCAGGAGGUGGCAACAUUUUCCUGCAAAUAGUCCCAAAAGAGAGAACAUAAAUCAGUUUCCACAUUCUAACUCUUGACACUCGUGUUAAUGGAUAGCCAGUUCCUCUGUGACUUCCUUACUGAAGCCUACUUUUUUGUUUAGAUUAACUCCUUGUGAAAGACAGUACUUCCAUACUUUUAAAAUAAGCACAUUGUAUUUAAUGUCUGGAUUAAUUGUCUUUAAAUAAUUCCUACAAAAUUAUACAAUUCAUGUAAGUUUCUAAUAAAGUUAAACAUACAUGAAUAAAAAUAUUUCCUUA